CUUUCUCUCUCUCUCAUUCAUUUGUACACAAAGGCUCACACUUCUCUCUUCUCUCUCUCUUUCUCUCUCUCUCUCUCAGAAUGACAAUUCUAGGUACAGGUUUUGGUAUGGUUUUCUAUUUACUUCAAGCCGUUUCUGGAGAAAGUGGCUAUGCACAGAAUGGGGAUUUGGAAGAUGCAGAGGCGGAUGACUACUCAUUCUGGUGCUAUAGUCAAUUGGAAGUGGAUGGAUCCCAGGACUCAUUGACCUGUGCUUUUGAUGACCCAGACGUCAACCACACCAAUCUGGAAUUUGAAAUAUGUGGGGCUCUUAUGGACAUAAAUUGCAUGAAUUUUAAUAAACGGCAAGAGAUGUAUUUCAUCAAGACAAGGAAAUUCUUACUGGUUGGUGACAGUAACAUAUGUGUGAAGCUUGGAAAAAAGAAUAUAACUUGCAAAACAGUGAACAUAGCCAAGAUAGUGAAACCUGAGGCUCCUUUUGAUGUAGAAGUCAUGUAUCGUGAGGAAGCAAAUGACUUUGUGGUGACAUUUAAUACAUCACACUUGAAAAAGAAGUAUGUAAAACAAUUAAUGCACGAUUUAGCCUACCACCUGGAAAAAGAUGGAAAUAACUGGAUGCAUAUGAAUUCAACUAGCACAACAAUGACACUGUUGCAGAGGAAACUACAACCUGAUGCAAUGUAUGAGAUUAAAGUGCGAUCCAUCCCUGAAAACAACUAUUUUGAUGGCUUCUGGAGUGAAUGGAGUCCAAGUUCCCAUUUUAGAACUCCAGAGACCAAGAGUCUGGGAGAGAUGGAUCCUGUUUUACUAACUAUCAGCAUUCUGAGUUUUUUCUCUAUGGUUCUGUUGGUCAUCUUAGCCUUCGUGUUAUGGGAAAAAAGGAUUAAGCCUAUUGUAUGGCCCAGUCUUCCUGAUCAUAAAAAGACUCUGGAACAACUGUGUAAGAAACCCAAAAAGAAUUUGAAUGUAAGUUUCAAUCCUGAAAGUUUUCUGGACUGCCAGAUUAAUGAGGUGGAUGGCAUUCAAGCUCAAGAUGAAAUUGAAAGCUUUCUGCAAGAUGCUUUCCCUUCACAACUAGAGGAAACUGAGAAUCAGAGGCUUGGAGGCAAUAUUUGUGGCCCCAACUGGCCAUCUGAGAGUGUCCUCAUCACACCAGAAACAUUCCAAGGAGAGUUACCUCUCAGAUGCCUGGCUGGAAAUGUCAGUGCGUGUGAGACUCCUAUACUCCCCUCCUCUAUGUCCCCAGACUACAGGGAGGAAGACAAGAAUGGGCCCUGUGCAUACGAGGGUAUGCUGCUUAGCACUAGAACUACAAACAGCACCUUGCUCCCACCAUUUCCUCUCCCAUCAGGGGUUCUGACACUGAACCCAGUUGCUCAGGGGCAGCCCAUUCUCACUUCCCUUGGACCAAGUCAAGAAGAAGCAUAUGUCACUAUGUCCAGUUUUUACCAAAACCAGUGAAUUGUAAGAAACCCAAAAACAUACAUACCUAUUACAAUCAACAAUGGUUACUGAGAGGAGAAGUCUAGAGUUCUUUCUCUCCCUAGCCACACAAAGAAGACAAAAAUUAAUUCAACCCCACUACAGGAUUCUGAGACAUCACCUUGACCUCUUGGUUCACUGGCAUUUAACACAAGGCAGAAACAUUCUGCUUCUAUCAUGUCGAUUUGGCACUGAGAUUUCAAGUGACCCAAGAAAAAAAGAAGCAAUCUUGUAUCCCUCAUAUAUAUAAAUACUAUCCUGAAGAAAGGAGGAGAUAACUCUAGGGUACUAUUGAGAUCCUUCUCCAGCUCUAAAAUCCUCUCUGUUCAGUGUUGUUUAGCACUUGUUAUUAUUUGAAUUUGGUGUGUGUCUGUAUUUUAUUGGAAGCAUCUUAAAUCCUUAUAUUAUAUUCAUAUAAUCAUAACUGCUGCUAAUGCUUGACUAUAUACUCAGGGACAACAUAUGAUGUAAGAUUGCACACUGGUUCAGCCCAAUCCUCUCUUAGACUUCAUAAAAAAAAAAGAAAAACUCCUGGUUGAAGACAAUGUGUAAAGCAGGAAUGUCAACUGCCAGUUCCAUAUAAUGUGAAAUGAAAAGAGAGCUGAGAAACAGGCAACCAAUAUAGUCCAAAAAAAAAAAACUAUGCCUGCGUACAAGGGACCCACAGUUAUUCAAUUUGUUUUCUAUAAGCCUUUGUGCUUCUCCUCAAUGUGGUUCCACUUAGGAAUUUGCUGCAUCAAAGCCAACUAUAGGCUAUUUCAGAUGAACAAAUUGUGUUUUCUUAGGUCUUCUGAUGGUGCUACAAGGUUUGGAACUGGCCAAGAAUAUAAAAAUAAGAAGAAUAUAAUAUAAGUAGAGCACCUGGAAAUGAUACAACUCAGAAGGCAUUUUUUUUCAAUCAGCAUUUUACUUUGGGAUUCUUAAAAAAUACCCAGCAUUCACUACAGUGAAGGUCUCGGAUUUGACUGUACAUUUCACAUGCAUUACUAACAUUUUGCAUAGCUGCUACAGAUAUAAGUAUGUGAUGUGUAUUACCAUCUCAUAUUUAAUUAAAUGCUAAGGGACUUUUCAUGGCUGUACUGUCUUUUGUGACAGAUAGCAGGAUAUCCAGAGUGGACCCCAUGUUCUCAGCCACUAGAAACACUCUGGGGUCAUUUGCUGUCAUUUUAUGGGUUUGGGUUUCCAGAGAAAUCUUUUUUUCAGAAACUAAGUAAUUAAUAAUUAAUAGUCACUUAUUGAGGAGCCACUCUGUGCUACUUUAUACUCUGCUAGGCACUAGGAUUAGAAAGAUGAAAUAGCGUUCUCCCAGGUCACAGUUACAUGGGGCAAAUGAUAUAUAAGAUACAUAGGAACACUACAGUGUUAUACCAUUGCCUUAUGUUAAAAUAUCACUCAGGAUUCUUAGCUUUAAGCAAUAGGAAUAUCUUGUUCUACCUAUUUGCAUGUCUAACCCCAAACUUUCCUUUUUUAUAAGGAUAUUAAUCUUACUGGAUUAGGGCCCAUCUUAACAAAUUCAUUUUAAUUUGACUAUCUUUGUUAAAAACCUAUCUCCAAAUAAGUUCACAUUCUGAGUUAUUGGAUAUUAUGACUUAAAUAUAUGAACUUUCUAUGGAUAUGCUACAGUUUGGAUAUGAUAUAUGAUCCAGAAACACAUGCAUUGAAGGCUUUGUCCCCAGUAUAAUAUCCAGAAGUAGAAAAAUUAAAAAUGAGUUUGUUAAGAUGAGUCUUAAUCCAAUAUGGCUGGUGUCCUUAUAUAGCCGUGCACACAGGGAGAACAGAGAUCCUAGGUGAUGUUUCUACAAGACAAAGAAUGCCCAAGACUGUCAGGAAAUCACCAAUAGCUAAGAAAGAGGCAUGAAACAGAUUCUCCCUCAUAUCUCUCAUAUCAAGAUGCCUGCCCAGCAUCUUGAUCUCAAACCUCCAGUCUCUAGAACUGUGGGGUAUUAAAUUCUGCUUGGUAAAGUCACUUGGCCUGUGGAACUUUGUUACUGCAGUCCUAGAAAGCAAAUUCACAUGGCAUUUGGGGAGGGACAGGGCCAUGUGCCAUUCUGGACUCCUCUGAGGUCUCAGUUCCUACAUUGUGUUUUAGAUAUUGCCUCUUUCACUCCAUCUAUUCCUCAUAAAUUGAAGUCUCAACAUGUUCCCUCUGACUUGCAUGAUCCAUGGUCUUUUCCUUAAAUGGGUCUCCAUGUGUUAUCCAUGAAGCCUUUUUUAUAUUCUAGUCCUCUCUGACUCUUGGAGCAUGGAAAUAUUUGGGUGCUAGCCUGGGCCACUCAGGAACACCCAUGAAUUUCUGAGAAGGUCCAGGUCCAUACAUUAACCCUUGAAACCUUAUUAACUUAGUGCAAAUACUUUGAAGAUUUCCUUCCAGAAGCUUAAAUAUCCCUUUUCCCUUUCUUUUCCCUCUUCCUUCCCCUUCCUCUGCUACUGA